AUAUAAUUUCAUAGCUUAAUUUCCUUCUGUUAAUUCAACAGAAAUUCAGAAUAUGGGAGAUAUAGAAAGGGUGUCUUCAUCUUUCUCUUCGUUUAAAGUAAUACCUCUUGAUAAUGAUGAUCACUUUGAUAAUAUUCAGUCGGAAGGAAGAGAUGCGCCGUCAUGCAUGGCGGCGGUCGACGGCGGGGAGAAGAAGGAAAUGAAUAUUCCAGAAGAAGACAUAGAAAGUUAUUUGCCCAUAACGGAAUCAAGAAAGGGGAAUGCUUAUACGGCGGCGUUUCAUUUAUUGUGUUCUGGCAUUGGAACUCCGGCACUUGUUCUCCCCUUUGCUUUCACGUCUUUGGGAUGGUCGUGGGGAAUAGUGAUUUUGACGUUGGUUUUUGCAUGGAGGCUAUAUACUAUGUGGCUAUUAGUUCAUCUUCACGAAUCAUCCAGUGGAACUCGUUAUAGCAGAUACCUUCAACUCUCUAUUGCAGCUUUCGGACCAAAAUUGGGAAAAUGUCUAGCAAUAUUCCCAAUAAUGUACCUAUCAGGUGGCACUUGUGUUAUGUCCAUCAUAGCAGGGGGAGGCACCCUUCAACUUUUCUACAAUGCAAUAUGUGGAAAUGAUCACAAUUGUCAACACAAAUCUUUGAGUGGAGCUGAAUGGUUCUUGUUGUUUAUAUGCCUUGCCAUUUUAAUUGCCCAGUUUUGCCCCAAUUUGCACUCCUUAGCUUGGGUCUCUUUUGUUGGUUCAAUCAUGGGUGUGGCCUAUUUUACUCUAAUAUGGGCACUCUCCAUCAGUAAAGGAAGGCCUAAUGGAGUCUCUUACAACCCAUCUGAUAAUGUAACUACAACAAUGGCUCGAUUUCGUGCUAUCCUAACUGGUGUUGCUAUAAUUGCCAUUGCUUUCAGAGGUCACAAUGUUGUUUUGGAAAUACAGGGGACAUUACCUACCAAUCCAAAACAUCCUACACGGACUAGUAUGUGGAGAGGAGUUAUAUCAUCGUACUCUUUUAUCGCAAUGUGUAUAUUUCCCCUGGCAAUUGGAGGAUAUUGGUCUUAUGGAAAUCUGAUGCCUGCAAGUGGAACUAUGGCUGCAAUUGCAAAGUACCACCAAGAGAGCACACCAAAGUGGUUAACAAGCACAAUACACAUAAUGGUGAUAAUCCAAUGCUUAUGCGCAUUUCAAAUAUACGCAAUGCCCGUAUUUGACAACUUUGAAAGAAUAUAUGUAAACAAACAACACAAGGCGUGCCCAAGAUGGGUAAAAUCAAGCAUCAAACUCUUUUUUGGCGGAUUGACAUAUUUCAUAUCAGUGGCAUUCCCAUUUUUGGGAAGUUUGGCUGCUUUUGUGGGCGGAAUUGCGCUGCCUUUGUCACUGGUUUACCCUUGCUUCAUGUGGAUUUCAAUCAAGAAACCUAGCAGAAACAGCUUAAUGUAUUGCCUCAACAUGAUUCUUGGAUGUUUGGGUAUAUUGAUUAGUGUUGUACAAGUUGCUGGUGCGUUAUGGAAUCUCGUGGUUCAAAAAUUUGACGCCAAUUUUUUUAGUCCUUAGUACAACAACAAUAACAUACCACUUGUGAAUUCCCGCAACUGGGGUCUGAAGAGAAUAAAAUGUAUGUAGCUUUACCCCUAUCCUAGGCAGAGAGGCUAUUUUCGAGAGGCCUAAGAAGGUUUUUUAGACUGACAGUAUAAUGAAAUUUUUGCACUUUUAGUGCAAUUUAGUGAAAUGUAACUUAUGAGGGGAGUUAA